CAGCAACGACCGACGACGAUGGGCAGCUGCUUCAGCUCGGGCCGCCGGGGCAGCCGUUUCGCGGUCUACGACGAGCCGUACCAGAUCGCCGGCAUCCAGGGCGCCGGCAUCUACGAGAUGAACCCGCGGCAGGGCAGGUCCGGGUUAGGCCGCGUCCACGACAGCGGGCCGUCGUGGCACGACGACCACCGCAGCGCGCGCAGGCAACGCAGGCCCGGGGGCCGCCGGCGGAGGUAGGCGUUGAGAGUCGAGGUAAGGGAGCUGCAAGAACUUCGCCUCGUGUGUCUAAAAAAAGGUCGGUGGCAAAGGUUGGGUAUUUCGGUAGGUGCUCAGACAUUGGGGUGGGUUUUAUGCAUGCACGGGCGCCUUGAUGUCACCAUCUAUUCGGAUUGAGAGAGCAUCCGAGAGUCG